AUACGCGUGGUGGAGGAGGAGAGACACCUAUACAGGAGGAUACAUUUGGAUUCAGCUAAAAGUCAGCUCCACAGAGAAACUAAAAAGCACAGGUAUGUUCAAAAUGACAUUUAGGCAACUUUUUCCCUCAUCAUGAAUAUCGCAUCUCCUCCAAUUGGUUUCUACUCCUGAGCAUAACACGUCUCCAACAUGCCAUGCAGAGGGAUUUGCGAAUGAAUGACUCAGCCAUGCAACAGAAUGACAGUGCACAGACCCUGGCACCAGAGGUUUGUGAGCAGGUGCUGGAGGAUAAUGCUGGACUGGGUUACGGUGGCUCUACUGGUAACCUGUCGCUGCGGUGCUGGCUAUAUUUCUUAAGCAAGGAAUCUAUCCUGGAACUGCAGGGCGAUGGCUCCAGCAUCACAGUGCGUGUGAUGAUAGCUCUGGUGUACUCCGUCGUGUGUGCACUGGGGCUAGUGGGGAACUCUCUGGCACUCUACCUGCUUCACUCACGCCACAGUCAGAAGCAGUCGUCCAUCAACUGCUUUGUAAUGGGCUUGGCUCUCACCGACCUGCAGUUUGUUCUCACACUCCCUUUUUGGGCUAUUGACACGGCUCUGGACUUCCGCUGGCCCUUCGGCAAAGUAAUGUGUAAGAUCAUCAGCUCCGUGACCGUCAUGAACAUGUACGCCAGCGUCUUCUUCCUGACUGCCAUGAGUGUGGCACGGUACUACGCGGUGACCACGGCCCUCAAGAUGCACAGCAGGCGGGCAGCGGCGGCUGGUGCCAAGUGGAUCAGCCUGGGCAUCUGGGUAGUGUCGCUGCUGGUCACCCUGCCCCAUGCCAUCUACUCCACCAGUGCCCAGCUGUACGACGAGGAGUUGUGUUUGGUGCGAUUCUCUGAGUCGGGCAGCUGGGACCCUCAGCUGCUCCUGGGGCUGUACCAGCUACAGAAGGUACUGCUGGGCUUUCUCAUCCCCUUGGUGGUCAUCACUGUGUGUUACCUGCUGCUUCUGCGCUUCGUGCUGAGCCAACGCAUCAGCGGAGCGACCAGCUCGGAGGGCUCGGAAGGCCGCCACAAGCACCGCUCCAAAGUCACCAAGUCGGUGGCCAUCGUGGUGCUGUCCUUUUUUCUGUGCUGGCUGCCCAACCAGGCGCUGACACUGUGGGGCGCGCUGAUUAAGUUUGACCUGGUGCACUUCAGCAACGCAUAUUACAACGCCCAGAACUACACCUUCCCUCUGACUGUAUGUCUGGCUCACACCAACAGCUGCCUCAACCCUGUGUUGUACUGCAUAAUUCGCCGUGAGUACCGCACAGGCCUCAAAGAGCUGCUGCUGCGCGCCACACCCUCCCCAAGGAGCCUGGCCAACCUGCUGCCCCGCAAGGCCAAGGUGGCAGAGGCUCCCCCUGACAUGGUGCUGGUCCAGAUGGAUGUUUGAGGCAUUUCAUGAAAUGCGUUUGUUGUGAUUGAGGGAACAGCACCAUCACAAGGAAUGCCCAUUAGGAUGUGCCCUAUUUUCUUUCCCCCUACUCAGAUUCUCUUUGCCAGAUGUGUUUUUCAUCUGUCUCCUCCGGGGCUUCUCUGCCUUCCCGUAAUUUGCCAUGAAUAUGUAACAAGUAGCACUCAUGUCAGGGGUCUCAAUGAGUUCAAACCAUAAUGCUUCACCUUCUGCUUCGUACCUGCCAGAUAAGACACAAGUCGCCAUUCCACCUAUGAUCUCCAUCAAUUAUCCAUUUGUUUUCAAUCAUUUGAAUUGGGUAAUGUGCACUCAACAGAACACACUUUCUGCCGCGUAUUGUAUUCACGAGAUGAUGAAUAGAUGAGACUGUCCAUAGGAUGCAAGAGUUUAUUCAGACACACUAAUGUCUGUGCAGGGUGUUAUUGUCAUGCAAUUUAGUACCUUGUUAUUGCAUUUGUUCAUGUCCUCCUAUGCUAGAACUGUCCUUGGUAGGUGUAUCGAUCCUUUAAAUCAUCAAAUAAAACAGGAACUCAAUUAUAAUCUAUUGAUAUGGUUCAUUUGAUAUCAUUUUGAUUGGUGUUAUUGUUAUUACCAGAGCCAUGUUGGCAAAUGUCUCUCUCCAGGAAGCUUUGUUGUGUGCGCAAGCAACCGAUUAGUAGAGUAUUUUUUACUCCAAAUAAUAUAUAUUUUUCUGAUAUAGACAAAUAAAGGAGUGUGGUGGGAACACAUUGUAUAUGUGAUAGAGCUGAAUAGUUGAUCAGUGGAACAUACAGAGAGCAAGUUGUAGGUCUUACAUACUGCUGUACGCAAGGUCAGGGUCUCUUAGUGUGUCCACUAGAACGUAAGAAAACUAUUUUGAUUUGAAGGAAUAGAAAAGUUGCAUUACAUUGCAACAACAAGACGACCUUGCUUACAGUCUUUGCUUUCUCUGUCUGUUAAACGUGAGCUGCGCACACACACUGAGCCGCUGCUUUGAGCCGUACAAAGUGAAUUUAUUAUGGGAUAUCAUCCUCCUACCCGUUCUUAUAUCUAUAUUAAUAAUUCAGUUUGAAGGAAAUAUAUUUAAAAAAGUAUGAAAUAGUCGAAACCUUCAAUGGAAUGUGAACAAGUCUCUGUGAAAUCAUGUACUGUAAAGGUUAUAUUGCAAGAGCUACACGAUUACUAAUGUGAUUCACCAUUUUUUGUAAUUGUGUUGCCUUGAUCUCAUUUGCUAUAUAAACUGUUUUAGUAAAGAUUGAAACAAGAUUUUAGUAAAAUUGCAAGUGCAUUAUGUAGAACUAAGAAAUAAACCAGUCAACUUGAACAUCCUCUUUUGAUGAAUUGGGUCGUGUUUGAAAUCAGAGCAUAUGGAUGGGGAUGUGGUAUACACAUGCAGGAUCUUAAUUUGAGCCAGUUCUCUACAGCAGGAAAAUAAUCCUGCAGCAACAGGAAAUGUGAAUUAUU